UACAUCUUUUUCCCAAGUAGAUAACUGUAAUUUCCCAAGAAAUUGCGUUUGAGUUGGAUAAUAAUUUGUAAUUUUGUACUGUCAUGAAACCUGGUGUAGUUCUUAACCUUUUUAGACCAAAAUAGAAGAAUUGGGACAUGCAUGGAAGCUUUCUGACAGUCAGUCCUUACCAAAGCUCUCGCGUCAAGAUCUGGGAAUCUCGCCUAAUAAAUGCCAAACCCGAAACCAUAAUGUGGAGUUCUCGUGAUGAUGCAGUCGAUGCUUCUGAAACUGUUUGCAGCUUACUUCAAUCGGGUGAGGAUAUGACGAAGCUGAAGACAAAUCAUUUAUCGACUGAAUUGCUGAAGCUUCCGCGAUUUGGAGCGAAAUUGAAUUCCGCUCCGAAGGAUUCCAAAAGACUGCAACAACGACUGGAUAAAAUAUAUAGAUGCAAGGAGAAAGCAUUCCGGCAUCCACGAUAUCGUGAAGUUUCAUUUGAGAAGAGUGAUGAAACGCGGUACGCGGAUGCUGGCAAAGUUGGCGUGUUAAAUACAGCUGAUAUGACAGUACGCGUGGAAAAAUUCCGUGGUUCGUUUAGUCAGUUUUUCGGUGUUAAUCGUUUCGACGCAAUUUCUGGAUCCCAGUACACAUUGCUCACCCCAUUAGAGGCCUUUUUUCUCGCCGAUAUGGGCAUUUUGGAAAUCUGCGUUUCCGAUUCGUCAGGCGAAACAACAAACCAGCCGACAACACUCAGCAUUGAAGAUCUACGUGCCAUGUUCGAGAAGCAUGUUUCAUGUUUUGCGGAACGGUACGGAAUAUUUUCAGAGAUACAUCGCACCACUCAGCUUUGUCUUCGUCCGUACGGCGAUCUGAAAUGGAGCAAGGAUUGUAACAAACGAACUGCUAAACAAAAAUCAUGGAGUCAGGGAUGUGUGUUGGAUGUUGAGUGUAAAACUCAACCGGAAGUAUCUCAGUGUCUGUUACCAUCGCCCUACAUAGAGGAGUCAUCUGCCUGCGGUAGCGCAUCGACUGAGUGGUGUCACGGCAGUCACGCUGCAUCUUCUAAACCGGAACUAUCUCUCGAACCUGCCGCUUCGCUCGAGAUCCCUCCUUUAUUCGAACAACAUAAUUGGAGGAAUAUAAAUUAUGCCACUGCUGUGGAAGAUGCGCGGCUUCCAGCAGGAUCCAUUCCGUCAUCUUUCGAUCUGGCGUUCACUGCGUUUGGGAAGAGCGAGCAUGCCGGUUCCAUGCAUUCAGUGUUCGAUGUUGCUGUAACAGACUAUCAUAAAACGAUACCUUUAGCCGACCUGUUCGCCGCUGUGCGCGGAAGAAGUAAUCCUGAUCUGCCUCUUUACGUUGCGCGCAGCGACUGCAGCAGUUCAAGUGGUUUUGCUGUUUUAAAGGCUGAUAUUCCCAGUGUAGUUUAUGAAGACAGAAAAGUCUCGCAGUAACUGUGUUAUUAUUAUGUGUGGUCAGUGUGGAUAAUGGAUUUAUAGAAAUUUUCAUGCCCAUCACGCUUCAAGAAUAAAAUC